AUGGCUGAUAUCACUACCCGUCAAGUAGGUGCUCUUAACACUCUCGAUUACAAGAUUUACUUUGAAAAGAACGGUGUCCCCGUUUCUCCUUUCCAUGAUAUCCCUCUUUUUGCCAACGCUGAAAAGACUAUCUUCAACAUGGUUGUUGAAAUCCCUCGUUGGACCAAUGCUAAACUCGAGAUUUCCAAGGAAAUCGCCAUGAACCCUAUCAUUCAAGAUACCAAGAAGGGUAAGCUUAGAUUCGUCCGUAACUGCUUCCCUCACAAGGGUUACAUUUGGAACUACGGUGCUUUCCCUCAAACCUGGGAAGAUCCUAAUCAUACCCACGCCGAAACCAAGGCUCGUGGUGAUAACGAUCCUAUCGAUGUCAUUGAAAUUGGUGAACAAGUUUCUUAUCCUGGUCAAAUCAAGCAAGUCAAGGUUCUUGGUGUCAUGGCUCUUUUGGAUGAAGGUGAAACUGACUGGAAGGUUAUCGCCAUCGAUAUCAAUGAUCCUUUGGCUCCCAAGUUGAAUGAUAUCGAAGAUGUUGAAAAGCACCUUCCUGGUCUUAUCCGUGCUACCAAUGAAUGGUUCCGUAUCUACAAGAUCCCUGACGGUAAGCCCGAAAACGUCUUUGCUUUCAGCGGUGAAGCCAAGAACAAGAAGUACGCUACCGAUAUUGUUCUCGAAACACACGAAGCCUGGAAGGCUCUCAUCUCUGGUGCCUCUGAUAAGAAGGAUAUUGACUGUACUAACGUCUCUGUUGAAGACUCUCCUUACAAGAAUGCUUCCGUUGAAAUACCUGCUGCCUCUCCCCAACCAGCUGCUCCCAUCGAUCCUUCCAUUGACAAGUGGUUCUUCAUUUCUGGUCACAACUUGUAA